AUGCUCUCCCUCCUGGCUGCCCUGUCCUUGCCCUUGGCGUUGGUCAACGCCUACGCAAACCCGAGUCCCUGCAACGGUGACUGCUGGGCCCAUGAUCCUGGUCUCUGGCGACGAGAUGACGGCACAUACUUCCUGUUUUCCACCGCCGGUGGCAUUCAGGUCAGCUCUGCAAAGUCUCUCAGUGGGCCAUGGACGAGACUGGGCGAGGCCUUGCCCGGUGGUUCGACCGUCAACCAUCCCGGCAGCACGAACCUCUGGGCCCCAGAUCUGCACAAACAGGGCGACGACUAUUACAUGUACUAUGCCGUCUCCACCCUGGGAUCUCAAAACUCGGUUAUCGGGGUUGCAACCUCCAAAACCAUGGAACCCGGCAGCUGGACCGACCACGGUAGCACUGGUCUAAGCUCCGACGGCUCUCAGGGGUACAACACCAUUGACGCCAAUUGGAUCAAGAUUGGAGACCAGGGACUUCUCACCUUUGGAUCUUAUUGGCAGGGCUUGUACCAAAUUAAUAUGGAUAGCCCACUGAAGGCCGGCAGCGCACCCGCGGCCAACAUUGCUUACAAUGCAACCGCCCCUCAUGCCAUUGAGGCACCCUACCUCUUCCACUACCUCGACUUUUACUACCUGUUCUUCUCCUCCGGGAGGGCUAAUGGAUACGAGACCAAUUUCCCUCCCCAAGGAGAGGAGUACCGCAUCAAUGUGUGCCGUUCCUCGAGUGGCCGAGGUGAUUUCGUCGAUAAAAAUGGAGUGUCCUGCCUCGAAAGUGGGGGCACAACUGUGCUCGCAAGCCAUGAUAAUGUUUACGGCCCUGGCGGACAGGGUCAUUCCCACGACCUCACAACUACGAUGGCCGACUAUGAAGACACGAUUGAGGUUGACUGGGGAGUGGCCACCCCCGAUCUGACCGACGAUACCUCGUCCGAGGCCAGUACGUCCCUACGAUCCACGGUGCUCGAAUACGAAUUCCGCCACGGUCGGCGCUAUCACAGCACGCACGCCGGAAACUACCAUUUCCCCAACGAUGAAGUCGAACAGGAACGUUUGGACAUGGUGCACCAUAUUUACUACCGACUGUUGCACAAUCGAUUAUUCUUAGCCCCGAUCGAUCUGGCGGGAAAGCGGAUCCUCGAUAUUGGUACCGGGACCGGGGUGUGGGCCAUCCACUUGGGCGAUGAAUACCCGGCCGCCGAAGCGAUCGUCGGCAACGAUAUCAGUCCUAUCCAGCCGCGCUGGGUGCCGCCGAACGUGAAAUUCUACAUUGACGAUGUUGAGAGGGAUUGGGUGGAGGAGGGCCAAAAAUAUGAUCUCAUCCACUGUCGCUACAUGGCGGGUUCUAUUAAGGACUGGCCGCGGUUGAUUAGGCAAUGCUUUGGGAAUCUGAAACCGGGGGGAUAUCUGGAGCUGCAGGAAUCGAUCAAUACACUAUAUUCGGAGGAUGACAGCUUACCGCCCGAUUGUAACACGGUGAAGAUGAUGGAUGCGCUCAAGGAGGGGUGUCUGCGGAUUGGACAAACCAUGGAUCCGGCUCCGCAUAUGCAUGGUUGGGUGGAAGACGCUGGCUUUACGAUCGUUGACGAACGGAAGUUCAAGCUCCCACUUGGGAGCUGGCCAAAGAACAAGCGGUUGAAGGAAUGUGGUAGCUUCAACCGUGUGAACUUUGUCGAGGGCGUGGAUGCCUUUACAGCCUCCAUCCUUCCGGAUAUACUUGGCUGGCGGAAGGAAGAGGUGAUGGUGCUUAACGCUGCAGUUCGGAGGGAGGUUAUGGCAAACACCAUGCAUGCGCUCUUCGACUUCCUAGUAAUUGUUGCCCAGAAACCCAUGUAG